GUUAGUUGUAAUAAUCUGAUCAUUUUUAUAAACACGUCCAUUCUAGACCAUUGGAUAUAUUCUCAACAACAUGUCUUCACAGCGACCGGAAAUCCCCGAGGGUUAUUUAGGGGCCCAGGAAGCCCUAAAGGAUGCCGGCAUGACGCCAUCAAGUCAUGAAAAAGACGAAUUUGUGAUUCUGGAAAACGAAGUGGAGAUAAAGUUUAAAGUGGCCGCGCCAGUGAAAGCGACAACCAAUUUGAUCCAAGUACGAACUGAAAAAGAUAUCAAUGAAUAUGUUUUUGUCCAAUCGGAUGAAAAUAGCAUCAGUUUUUGUGUCAGUGUUCCUGAAUCGGGAUGGUAUAAAUUUCAAAUCUUCGCCUUGGCGAAAUCCAACGAAUCCAAAUCGUUACCUAAUGUAUUUAACUAUUUAAUCCAUUGUAAACAAGCGCUAAAAUCGGUGUACCCUUGUCCUAAACAGUUUGCUAUUUGGAAAGAUGGAUGUCGAUUGUAUGAACCAAUGGUGCUAAAUUCCAACGUUCGACUGAGGAGCGUACCUUUUAAGGUUCGAAUUCCCAAAGCCAAUGCCGUAGCCGUGGUCGUUGACGGGGAGUGGACGCAUCUUGACAAGAAGGGUGACGGAGUAUUUGAAGGCAAGAUGGAUUUGGAUAAGUACAGAAAUAAAGACGUCAAACUCACACUUAAUGGUAACUUUGAAGACGACGAAACCAAAUUCGCCACACUUUUGGAAUAUAAGCUUUAAAACUAUUUAGUUAGACUAUGUUAUGCUAGCUUCGUUACGGUAGGGAAUAGAGUAGGCAGAAAAAACGUUCUUAUUAUUGAAUUUAAAAUACUAUUACCAGGGAAGCUUUCUAUUUAAAGGCGCCGCGAGUUAACACCUGAAUUAAUCCAUAGAUGCUAAUUCUUGGAAGCCUUAAUAUGAAUUAUUGACUAAAAUAUCUAUCAGGGGCUGGUAAGAGACAGCUAGUUUCGGAUUAGAAAUGUUUUCGUAAUGUUUUCUAAAUUUUAAAAGCAUAAUGGCAUGGAAUAUGAGCACAUGGAAUAUGAGCACAUGGAAUAUGAGCACAUGGAAUAUGAGCACAUGGAAUAUGAGCACAUGGAAUAUGAGCACAUGCAGCACGCUAGCCAUGACGUUUUGUAAUUUAGCCUUAAAAAUGAUUUAGAAGUGCUGACGUCACAGAUAAGACAUUGGAACAAUUCCACGAACUCUAUUACAUUUUACAAACAUUUAAAAAGAUAAAAACACAGCACAUUAACGAUGGUGAUACCGAUUGAAAUUUAAUUCGUAGCCGAAAUAUUAGAAACAGUUUUUGUUAUAUUCAUUAUGUUUUAGUGUUUGUUUAAUGUUUAUUGUAUUUUUGCUUAAAUUUGCAUUUUAAUCAGCUUUUUACAAUCAUAACUUUUAACAGAGAGCUAGUGAUGUUUCCAGGAUCCAUUCAUCUUCACACUGUCAAGCUAAACUGUGUCUUAUACCUUGGAUUGGCUGUAUUCGUUAUUGUCCAAUCCAAGCGAAUCGCUGCAUUCACAAACCUCUGUGAUACGAGAAAGGUGGAUAAGUAUUAGCGGAAUUAAUAGCUUGACAUUGUGAAGAUGUGAUUCAUUAAUUUUAGAACGAAUGGGAUUCAGGAUUGUCAAUAGAAACUCACAGCUCCAGGCAUUUUAAAACUCAACGAUUAGAAAAUUGGUUGCGUAGGGGGCGCAAAGUCGGGACAGCUUUAGUUCUGGGGCACCAUCCCCUUAGCAACGCCAAGUUGUUGAAUUUUAGAUAUAAAGGAAUGUAUUUAAUAAAGUUCGACUCUAAGUCUAGCAAAUUUUUUGCUAUUUUUUGUGGUCAUUUCUGUUUGUAUUACGGUUGAAUUACUUUAUGUUCUACAUUGUUUCUAUUCGGUCUUAUUAAAAAUUUCUUUUUUUUA